AUGGCGUCGCCUAUUCCACCGCGCAAGCCGAGCCUGGCUAAGGACUCUUUGACUGGUAGCAGUUACCUCGACGACCACCUCGAGUACAAGGCUCGUCAGACAGGCCCGUCGCCCAGCAUUGAUGGAGUCCUUGAGCAGCCCGCCCGGGUUCCUCGCAAUGCCAUGUCGAAUCUGUCUUUGUCGAGCGCUUCAAGGAGAUCAAUUAGCGCGAUUCCUCCGUCGCCGAUUAUAUCUCAAGAGAGUGGAACUGUGCACACAAUCUCCCAUACCAAUUGCAUUCCUGAGCCAGGGGAUCCUGCAAGGCUAGUUGCAACCAUUUUCUAUAAUUCGAGCACCCCUCGGCAUCCUCAUCUUCAUCCAGAUCAAUCUCCUCCAGCCAAACCUACAGAUUUCAUCCCGGCACCCGAGAUCGCAGAAGGUUCCGCACCCACGACGAGCAUCCAAGAAUAUCCAUUGGAACCCCCCGCGCCCGAACCCGAACCUCUCGACCAUCUGUACGGCGCCUACAUCUCUCAACUAUGCUUGACUCAUUUUCUUUCAACUCUCGAUAGCCUUCUGAUUCACAACGAGCCAGAAGAGAGACGCCUAACGUCGUCUCACCGAUGUCUAGCCCCCGAUCCGUUCAAGCCUCGGGUCAUGGAAGUUACCUUCACGCCGCCCCCCAAACCCCAAUACCUCCCAUUUGACCUCAUUCCCAAACACGAGUCUAUCUACAAGUUCGAACGAGAGUGGAAUUGCGAGAUUAUCCUGCAACCCAACACGGUAUAUCGGCGGCACAAACGACUCUGUGUCUUCGACAUGGACUCGACGCUAAUCCAACAGGAAGUCAUUGAUGAAAUUGCCGCCUUCGUCGGAGUCAAGAAGGAGGUUGCCGCCAUCACCGAACGAGCCAUGAAUGGUGAACUCGACUUUGCAGCCUCGCUCAAAGCGAGAGUAUCUCUUUUGAAAGGCGUACCCGCUGACGUGUUCGAGCGGCUGAAGCCAAAGAUUGUCAUCACGCCGGGUGCGAAGGAACUCUGCAAAUGCUUGAAGCGACUCGGCUUCACACUCGCCGUGUUGAGUGGUGGAUUUCAACCUCUGGCAGACUGGCUCGCAGGUGAACUCGGCCUCGACCAUGCAUUUGCAAAUCAUCUCGUAUCAAAUGAGAAGACCAACACCCUCACAGGCGAGCUAGAUCCCGCAUACCCAAUUGUCGACUCGGCGCACAAGCAGGCCUUGUUGAUCAGCUUAGCCAAAGAGAAGAAGAUCCCUCUUGCGCAGACGAUGGCUGUCGGCGAUGGAGCGAAUGAUAUUCCCAUGCUGAAAACCGCAGGGCUGGGUGUAGCGUGGAAGGCAAAGUCAAAAGUCCAGAUGGAGGCACCUGCGAGACUGAACAUUGGCGAAAGUAUGCUAGACCUGGUCUACCUGCUGGGAUUGACCAAAGAGGAGAUCGAUCAGCUGCUAAGUGGCUGA